CGGGGAGGGGAGUCAGUCUGCUGCUCAUUAUGUAACUGCUGUUUGGAAAUGUGUUUUCGCGCUCCGCUUUUUGAGUCUGACAUUCCUACAGUUCCAUUGGGAUUCCGUUAUAAACAUCACAGCGAGAACAGAUCACAGACGAAAACAGAGAGACAGCGUGCGCAUUCGGGUCCCAUGGAAAAUGGUGUUGUUUAUGUAAAGUUUUCUAAAGAGACAUGCCAACUGAAUUCCCCAUCAGACAAACUAAAGCAGGAGUUGGAGAAAGAGCUGAAAUUGAGCAGCAGUAACUUAUCAAGUCAUGGCUGGUACCAUGGUCGUAUACCUUGGGAGGUGUCUGAGUCUCUUGUGCAACAGAAUGGGGACUUUUUAGUCCGUGACUCCCUCAGUAGUAUUGGAGACUAUGUCUUAACCUGCCGCUGGAACCAGAAUGCUCUUCAUUUCCUCAUCAGCAAGGUUCUGAUCAGAUCUUAUGACGUAUCUACACGAGCGCAGUAUAUUCUGGAGGAGGAAACCUUUGAUUCUGUGCUGACGUUGGUUCAUUCCUAUGUUGGAAAUAAAAGGCCUCUGACAAAGAAGAGUGGUGCAUUGAUUUACUCACCAGUUUACAGGACACUUCCACUAAGAUACCUAGAAACCAUGUUUGGGCUACCAAGUGUGCAGAGCAGCCCAGUGAACUCACCAACCAGGCAGAAAGGAAGCCAAAAGAAGAGGGAGAGCAUAACUGUGACAGAGGCUUUGGAAAUUGAGCUGAUAAGACCACAGAGUGAUGUGGUGAGGAGUUUUGAUGGCACUGUAGAGCAGCGCCUUGUAGUGUCGACUUCCCCCAUAUUAAUGAGCACAUUGGCCAGGCGGCGACGGAGCCCCUCCGAAAACAGGAAGUUUGUGAUAGUCCCUUCAUCACCUGUUCUGCAAAAUUCCAGUGAAAUACGGCUUUGUUCAUCCCCCCCUGAAAACACUCUCAUUUAUUUGGAACCAACAGUACAUCUUCUGUCCUCCUUGACACAUUCCCAUCAAAACAACAGAGAAGCGAACCAUCCACAAAAUGACCCAGCGAUUUCUCCAACUGACCCUGUUACUACAAAUCAUCCCUUUGUAAGACAUGAGAUACAGACUUUGGAUCGCAGAGAGGAGUACGAUGAGGAUUAUUUAGUGCCUUUCGCCAUAGACACAGUUUCCUGUUUCAGGCCUUGUAUGUACCAGUCACCACUGUUGCCCCCAGAAAAUAAACCUCUGGAGACCAACAUGCUAAAAAAAGUGAAGGAUGUCCUGUUUAAAGUUGACAUAAAGACAAUGGCAAUGUAUAUUACCAAAGCUGACUGCAUGGUUGCUCGAAUUCUGGAUAUGUCUGAUGAUAUGAUGAAAGGGAUGGGGGUGAGUUCGGGAAUGGAGCUACUCACCCUCCCACACGGACAUCAACUCCGCCAAGAUCUGCUUGAAAGGUUCCACACCAUGUCCGUAACGUUGGCUGUAGAGCUGCUGGGCUGCACUGGCAGUGCUGAUGAGAGAGCCACCCUCCUGCACAGAGCCAUCUGUCUGGCCUCUGAACUCAAGAGCAAUUUGGCCAAUUUGUUUGGUUUUGCCACAGUUAUGAAAUUCCUCGAAUUACCACAGAUUGCUCGAUUGGAUGAGACAUGGACGGUUUUACGUCAGACGCAUACAGAAAGUGCUGUUCUUUAUGAGAAAACCCUUAGACCCUCAAUGAGGAUGAUGAAUGAUGGAGAAGAGAUAAGUGAACCCACAGAGACAACGUUUCCCCAUGUGCUUCCCCUGCUGUCUCUUCUUGAAAGGAGUGUCGUGACUCUUGAUGAAUCCGAGUCAUGGGAAAGUGCAGACACUGGAGUGGCCAUGGUCUUGAGCCAUCUGAAUGCUGCACGUACGAUUGCGUGCAAUGGCAGGAUCUUCAGUGCUAAUGCAGAGGCCAAACUGCAGGGGUUUCAUGAGGAAGCGGAUGUUCGGGAGGUCUUCCUCACAGAGUUCCAGAUGCGUCUCUUGUGGGGAAGCCGUGGAGUGGAAAGAAUUAAAGAUGAACGUUAUUCAAAAUUUGAUGAAGUGCUAACAGCUCUGUCCAACAGACUUGAGCUUUCUCACUCACCAAAAUGACAGAAGGGAUGAUGGCUAUUCACAUAUUAUUUACAAUACAUACACUGUUUUGUGAAUUUAUUUACAGUUA